GUCGCUUGUCAUCCGUUUGUUUGCAUACACUUUGCGUCACAUCUUUGGACACAAUCUUUGCCACCGAUUAUCACCGAAAAUGAUCAAUGGUUUCCCCAAUCAAAAGAUGGAUCCCAGGGUUUGUAUGUAUCGGUUGGGCAAUAAGACGAGGAAAACCGUGAACAAGGCGUUGGACACGGAUUGCGGUGAUAGUGAUGUGCUCAACGAAUCCGUGGCUGAACUCAAGAAAGUGAUGGACACUGAAGACGAUAACAAACAGCUAUUUUCGUACGACUCGCUGUCUUUGAUACACAAAUGUCUGCAACGAAUUGAUACCAAUUAUGAGCUCUAUUUCUACCAACUCUUGGAUGAAUGUCGUGUUGUUUUACCACAAUCUCGAAAGAACAAAGAACUUGAGGACAGAUUACUUGACUUGAAUUGCAAGCAGUCGUCGAGAGAUUACAAAUCAAUGACCUCUUCAGUGAGUGUGGGCUCGAGUCCAUCGAAAGAGACCCCAGAAGUCUCUUUCGGAAGCGAAUUCCGCGAAAUGCGUCCGACACUCAUAGCCGUUAUCAACGCAUUUGUCACAAUCGGUGGUACAUUCCUCUUCUGCUACAAAGCGGUCGAAUAUUCACUUCCAGAGCCACACGUCUCCACUCAGGUGUUGAGCGGACUGUUCGGGGCGUUGAUCGUAGCCGUGGCUGAGAUGUACUUCUUGGUCAGAAUUAUCUAAUCAUUUGUUUUGUCACUAAUUCUUAAAUAUAUUUACUGUUAACUAAUUUAAGGUAUAUUUUACACAAUUAUGUAAUAAACGGAUCAAUAAAUGGAUUAAAGUUCUUAAGCAA